CUGUGGCAACACUAAAAGUCUUUCGACUUAUGAAGAAGAAGGGUGUGGAGAUUCGAGCUGUAUUAAACAAACAAUUGUAACUUUCUAGUUUCAUUUUAAUUUCUUUUAUUAAGUAAAUUGUUUUAAUCGUAAAUACGUUUACUCCUUAAAAAGUGUGAGAUCGUAGUAUUUAGUUGUUUUGCAAAGUUUUAUCGCUUCGGUAUCAGUUGGAGUUACCGGUUCUAAAAUAUUCGACAUGGAUGAAGUUAACUGCUGUUGAUCGGCACUUAUAAUUACUAUUAAUUGACUAUCUUUGAGAUAUCCUGUGUCAAUUGUUAUUUUCUAAUAUGGGCUGUGCCGUAAGUUCUGCUGCUGAUAAAGAAGCUGUAGAAAGGUCUAAAAAAAUUGACAAGGACCUUAGAGCAGAUGGAGAACGACAGGCUCGGGAAGUUAAGCUUCUGUUACUGGGUGCUGGUGAGUCUGGGAAAAGCACUAUAGUCAAACAGAUGAAAAUAAUUCAUGAAUCUGGAUAUUCCAAAGAAGAUUGUUUGCAGUACAGACCUGUUGUCCACAGCAAUACUAUCCAAAGUUUAAUGGCUAUUGUGAAGGGUAUGGGUCAACUCAAAAUUGAAUUUGCUGAUCCAUCGAGGAAAGAUGAUGCAAGGCAGUUUUUCACAAUAGCUGGUGCUUCCCAAGAUGGGGAAAUAAAUUCUGAAUUAGCUGCAAUAAUGAAAAGACUGUGGCAAGAUAGGGGCCUGCAGCUGUGCUUUUCACGAUCAAGAGAAUAUCAGUUGAAUGAUUCAGCGGCCUAUUAUUUAAAUUCACUUGAUAGAAUUAGUCAAUCCAACUAUAUUCCUUCUCAGCAAGAUGUACUGCGAACCAGAGUGAAAACCACGGGAAUCGUUGAAACUCAUUUCACUUUCAAAGAUUUACACUUCAAAAUGUUUGAUGUUGGUGGUCAAAGAUCAGAAAGAAAGAAGUGGAUCCACUGUUUUGAAGGUGUUACCGCUAUUAUAUUCUGUGUUGCACUAAGUGGAUACGACUUAGUGUUAGCCGAAGAUGAAGAAAUGAACCGAAUGACAGAGAGCAUGAAGUUGUUUGAUUCUAUUUGCAACAAUAAAUGGUUUGAAGAGACAUCCAUCAUAUUAUUUUUAAACAAGAAAGAUCUUUUUGAAGAAAAGAUAACCAAGUCACCCCUUACUUUGUGUUUCCCAGAAUAUACAGGAAAUAACACUUAUGAAGAAGCUGCUGCUUACAUCAAGAUGAAGUUUGAGAAUCAAAACAAAAGGAAAAACACGAAAGAAAUCUACACUCAUUUCACGUGUGCCACGGACACCAACAACAUCCAGUUUGUCUUUGAUGCCGUUACUGAUGUUAUCAUAAAGAACAAUCUGAAAGAUUGCGGUUUAUUCUAGUUGUUAAAUAUCUUAUUGAAUGGAAAGUUAAGAAAAAAAGGUAUGCUGAUGAAAAUUGCUUUUAUUUUAAAUCGUAUGAUAGAAGAUUAGAAAAGUCUACUCCAAGUUUUAUUUUUUUGGAAAAACAUUUGUACAUUCCUGUCAACAGAUUUGUAGCAUUUUAAUAACUGUGUUAUUUCUUUUUGAAGAUUGGCAACUUCCGCAUAUCUAGAAAUACUGAAUUGAGGAUUAGCUGUCAUCUAAGACAAAAACCUUGUUGUGUGAACUGUGAGAUGCCUUUAACUCAUAAAGUAUUAAAAAAUGUUGCACGAUUGUGGAUUUAUGUAUGAUUUAUACCUGUAUUUAUCAGUUAUAUGGGACCAAAAUAAUGUGUAUAACAUUAUUUUUAAUGUAUUAUGUUCUAUAGCAAUUUUGUAUUGUAUCUUGCCCUAGCCACAUAUCAAAAAACUGUUGUUAACAUGUAUUUACAAGAAUAUAAUAUUUUUUAAACUAAAUGGUGUUUUUGAUAUCGAAGGUGCCGCGAAUUUUUUAAAUGCUUUUUCAAUACGUUCCAAUUUCCCACUUUAAUGUAUAGAAUUUUUUUAAGCGACUUGCACAAAUUUUAUAUACAUAUAUAUUACUUAUUUUUUAAAUUAAAUUUAUGUCUGUUUCAUUAUUCUAUGAGAACUUUAUAGCUUGCAUUUUAUAGUGUUGUAUAUGACAGUUGUGUAUAAAUAAAAUUUAACUUUUGUAUAACAGCCAGUAUUUUCUACAAAUUUUGAAAAGUGCUACUAUUUUCUAAUGGCUUUUACUGUUACGAAUUAAAUGUUAAACAUCAAAACUUUAUUUAAGUCAAUAUUGUAACUGUGUAAGUUGAUUAUUAAUAUUUUCAAUUAUACAAAUAUGCUUUAAAAUAACAUCCAUUAUAUUUGUACAUUUUCUAAAAGUUAAUGUUUCGGAAAUUUAAUGCACGAUUAUUUGAGUGAUAUGUCUAUGUGACAAAAUAUAAAUCACUAUGUCAGAUUCAGACAUGAAUAUGUCUCAAAACACCCUUCUGGCCAAAAUAGUUGUAAACAGGAUUGUGGUAAAAAUGGUGCUAAAUCCAAAUACAGAAAAAUUUCUAUUCUGCUAAAAGAGAUCUUUUGUCCAAAAUCUAAUUUAUUAAUGUAUGGAUAUCUUAUUUAUAUGCACAUUAUCCAAUUAAACUAGACAUUUCCUGAGGGUUAGGAAAUGUUGCCACUGUGGAAUCUGUGAGAAUGAGAGUAAAAAACAGUAACAUCAACAGUUGAGAGCUUGGCUGUGCAUUUUUGUAGUAGGGCUUAUUACUGUGCUGAAACUGUUAGGUCAUUUUUGUAUUAUAGAAAGAGCUGUCUAUGAUUAUUUGCACUUAGUUGUAACUGUAUAUAUAUUUCUUUCGCUUUUAAGUGCAUUCUUUAUUUUUUUUCUAUUUGCAAUUCUUUUUUUUAAAUUAAAUUUGUUAUUAACCUUUUUAAACACUUAAUGAUAGUUGCAUUUUCAUUGAUCUUGUUAUGGAAUCUGACAAUGACUAACACUGACAUGGAAUCUGUAAAUUCAAAUUCUAAAGAAAUAAUUAUUUCAAUGUAAUUAUUGCACUAAAAUAUCCAUGAUUGAAAUUUGCUUUAAUGAGAUUCUGCUGUGUUUUGAUUUCUUAUUAUUUGAUAUCGACUUAGUCUCUCUUUUUCUUUUUUUUUAUGCGACACAGCAUAACAAGUUAUGACAAAUAUGUAUACGAUAAGAGAUUAUCUAAGAUGUUCAGCCAAAGAAAAAAUAAAUUCAAUACAAGUAAAAAAGUGUUUUAAUUGUACAAUUUUUAUGUAUAAAAUAAAAUUGAAGAGUAUUUAUAUAAAUUUAUCUAAAAUUUAAAAGAAAUUCUAGAAAAAUGUUGAAUCAAAUAUGAUGAAACUUGGUAGCCAAUCAUGUAAAAUCGCAAAAUGCAUGUAAAAAUUGGAUAAAAAUAUGCAAAUUACCAAGUAAUACAUAUUUUUAUUUUUUGCAGGGUGGGUUUUAUUUUUUCAAAGGAGUUAUUUUUUUUCUCUUCUUCUUCCAAACUUUAAAUUUUGUAAAUUUAUUUCAUAUAUUUCUUAUAGGUCUCUUGAUUAAAAAAUAUUAACAACUUUUUUGGAUCAACUAUUAGGUUUUUUAUUGUAACAAAACUUCAAACUUUGUUAUUUUUGGAUCACUCUGGAACUGUUAUUAAUGAUUGUUUUUUAAUAAAAGGGAAACAAAUUUUAUAUUUAGACUUUAAUUGUGACAUUCUAUGAAAAGCCUUUUAUACACCCAUUCUGUUGUUAGCAUUUUGAUAUUGUUUUCCCUCAUAUGGAUGGCA